GGCGGACUUGCCGGGACCUUCGUGGCCGGGCUCGCUCCGCAGGGACUGAGCGGAGCCCGGGCCGGCCGCGCUCCCGGCGCCGCUGGGGCCUCCGGCGAGCGAGCGAGCGAGGCGAGGAGGGAGGCCCGGCCCGGUGCUCCCCGAGACGGGCGGGGGGAGCAGAAGAGCUCCGCGUCCUCCGCCUGCAGCUUUGUUAGCCGGGCCCUCCGCGGGGAACGGGAGCGGCGGGACUGGGCCGGUGCUCCCGGAGUUGCCAGGUCCUUUCUUUCCCCGCUCUCGGUUGCGGAGCAUGGUCUACGGGACUAGUGCAGAGGAAAACAACAGGUCUCGCUCCCUGCUCGCCUCCCAAAGCGACGCCAGCGCCUUGCUCUUGGGAUUAUAAAUGUUUGAACUAAGACCCAGGGAACUGGAAGGAGAGGUUCCCGUUGGAAUUAAUAGAAGAGAAAAGAAGGGAGGCUUUUCCAAAUCCUCUGCAAGAAGGCUCGUGCUGUUUUCCCCUGCUGUCCAUACUCUGUUUAAUAAUGCGAUUGUGACCUGAAUGGAAUUUAUGAGCGAUGAAUUACUGAAGCUUGUUGCACCUCUGCAUCGGACUACUUUUUUUUUUUUUUUUUUUUUUUUUUUUUUUCUGUCGGCACAUGAUUCCUCCAUCCCAGCUGUUGCAGGACCUAUGGGCCAGUAAUAGAGGGAUGGGAAGCUGAGACAGUUUAUUUUCACAUUCUUCUGUGCUGGAGACUUGGCGAGUUAGCUGAAGCUGCUGCUUUUUACUGGAUCUGCUCUUUCCUCGGCAGGUUUAUUUUUUUUUAAUGUGUUUCGAUUAAACAGUCAUUGGACUGGAGCUGGAUGGGUGCUUUGCAAUCCAAAAUGUUUUGGGGGAUAACAGAAAAGUGCUAAAACAGAGAACUGGUGCUGCAGGAAACCUGGGGCCUGUUUAUCAAGACUUUUCGUUUUGUUGAGCAAGAUGAUGUGUGAGGUGAUGCCAACCAUCAGUGAGGCCGAGAUUCCCGCCGGGGGAAAUGGAGGCCACGGUUCAGGUUCCCCGUUGCAAUCAGAUGCUGAUUCCCACUUCGAGCAGUUAAUGGUGUCCAUGCUGGAAGAAAGGGAUCGCCUCCUGGAAACGCUCCGAGAAACUCAAGAGACGCUUGCCCUCACCCAGGGCAAGCUGCAUGAGGUUGGCCAUGAGAGGGAUUCCUUGCAGAGACAGCUCAAUACUGCACUUCCACAGGAAUUUGCAGCGCUCACCAAAGAGCUGAAUGUAUGCAGGGAGCAGCUGCUUGAAAGGGAAGAAGAAAUUGCUGAGCUGAAAGCAGAAAGAAAUAAUACGAGGCUAUUACUGGAACAUUUGGAGUGUCUUGUCUCCAGGCAUGAGCGAUCCCUCAGGAUGACUGUUGUGAAGAGGCAAGCUCAGUCUCCAGCAGGAGUUUCUAGUGAAGUAGAAGUUCUCAAAGCACUAAAAUCUUUAUUUGAGCACCACAAAGCCCUUGAUGAAAAGGUAAGGGAGAGAUUACGAGUAGCACUUGAAAGAUGUAGCUUAUUGGAAGAAGAACUAGGUACUACACAUAAAGAGUUAAUGAUUCUGAAAGAGCAAAAUAAUCAGAAGAAAACACUUCCAGAUGGGAUGCUGGAUAUAAAUCAUGAACAAGAAAAUACACCAACUACAAAUGGGAAGAGAUCCUCUGAUGGUUCAUUAUGCCAUGAUGAAAAUCUUGCUAAAGUGAUUGAACUCCAAGACAUCAUAGAUAAGCAAAACAAAGAGCAGACACAAAUGAAAGAACGCCUCACUGCUUUGUCCAGCAGAGUAACAGAGCUGGAAGAAGAUCUAGACACAGCAAGGAAAGACUUAAUAAAAUCUGAAGAAAUGAACACAAAGUUACAGAGGGAUGUACGAGAGACUCUGGCCCAGAAGGAGGACAUGGAGGAGAGAAUCACCACUCUAGAGAAACGCUACCUCGCUGCACAACGUGAAGCUACAUCUGUGCAUGACCUCAAUGAUAAACUUGAAAAUGAAAUUGCCACUAAAGACUCCAUGCACCGACAGAGUGAAGAUAAGAACAGGCAACUGCAAGAGCGACUGGAACUGGCUGAGCAAAAGCUGCAGCAGACCCUGAGAAAAGCUGAGACUUUGCCAGAGGUGGAGGCUGAGCUGGCACAGAGAGUUGCAGCACUUACAAAGUCUGAACUUUUGUCUCCUGGGAGCUCUGCUGCUAAAGAUGCUAAAGUUUUGGAACUUGCCACCAAGCUUAGGAAGGCUGAGGAGAGACACGGCAAUAUCGAGGAGCGACUGAGACAGAUGGAGGCACAGCUUGAAGAGAAGAAUCAAGAACUGCAAAGGGCUAGACAGAGAGAGAAGAUGAAUGAAGAGCAUAAUAAACGUUUGUCAGAAACUGUUGAUAAGCUCCUAUCUGAAUCCAAUGAAAGGCUCCAACUUCAUCUCAAGGAGAGGAUGGCCGCCCUGGAAGAUAAGAAUUCACUUCUUCGAGAAAUUGAAAAUGCAAAGAAACAAAUAGAAGAACUUCAGCAUGAAAAGGAUCAACUUGUAUUAAAUGUCGAUGCAUUAAGGGCUGAAAACGACCAAGUGAGGCUCAGAGCCACAUCACUUCAUCAUAGCAGGCCAGAUUUCAGAUUCCCUGUGCCACCCUCCUCUGUGGGGGACACCCACACAGACUCCUACAGCACCUCCUCUGUGCUGAGGCGGCCCCAGAAGGGGCGUCUGGCUGCUCUCAGGGACGAGCCUUCGAAGGUUCAGACCCUGAACGAGCAGGAUUGGGAGCGGGCCCAGCAAGCCAGUGUUUUGGCAAAUGUGGCACAAGCAUUUGAAAGUGAUGUGGAUGUGUCUGACGUGGAGGAUGACAGGGAGACCAUUUUCAGCUCAGUUGAUCUGCUGUCACCAAGCGGUCAGGCUGAUGCUCAGACUUUGGCCAUAAUGCUGCAGGAACAGUUGGACGCAAUCAACAAAGAGAUCAGACUGAUCCAGGAGGAGAAGGAGAACACGGAGCAGCGCGCAGAGGAGAUUGAGAGCCGUGUGGGCAGUGGCAGCCUGGAGGCGCAUGGCCGGUUCCGCUCGCUGGGCUCCAUCCCCCCCGCCUACGGUGGGGCCCUGGCCGGCUCCUCCCCGCCCGGCAGUGGCCGCUCCACACCCCGGCGCAUCCCACACAGCCCGGCCAGGGAAGUGGACAGGCUGGGCAUCAUGACAUUGCCUAGUGAUUUAAGGAAACACCGUAGAAAGUCUCCAGCUUCCAGGGAAGAGGUACGAGACGACAAAACCACCAUAAAAUGUGAGACAUCACCACCUUCAUCACCUCGGUCUUUGCGUCUGGACAGAGUCCAGAAAGGAGCUCUGCACACAGUGAGCCACGAAGAUAUCAGGGACAUUAGGAAUUCAACAGGUUCACAAGACGGGCAAACAAGUAAUCCUAGUAGCAGUAACAGCAGCCAAGAUUCCCUUCACAAAGCCCCCAAAAAAAAGGGAAUCAAAUCCUCCAUUGGCCGCCUGUUUGGCAAGAAGGAAAAGGGACGACCUGGACAAGGAAGCAAGGAAUCUCUAGGACAAGGUGGCAUGGGAGAAGCAGAUGGUUCCUCUCAGGAUGCAUUAGGUCUCAGCAAACUUGGAGGUCAGGCAGAGAAAAACAGGAAAAUGCAGAAGAAGCACGAGUUGCUGGAGGAAGCCAGAAGACAGGGUUUGCCUUUUGCACAGUGGGAUGGGCCCACUGUGGUGGUGUGGCUGGAGCUGUGGGUGGGGAUGCCAGCCUGGUACGUGGCUGCCUGCCGAGCCAAUGUGAAAAGCGGUGCUAUCAUGUCAGCCCUGUCUGACACGGAAAUCCAGCGGGAAAUCGGCAUCAGCAAUCCCCUGCACAGGCUCAAGCUCCGCCUGGCCAUCCAGGAAAUCAUGUCCCUAACCAGCCCCUCUGCCCCUCCCACCUCAAGGACGACCACGGGAAAUGUCUGGGUAACACAUGAAGAGAUGGAAAAUCUUACAGCCACACAACAAACGGAAGAUGAGGAGGGAAGCUGGGCUCAGACAUUAGCCUAUGGUGACAUGAACCAUGAGUGGAUUGGCAAUGAGUGGCUGCCAAGCCUGGGGCUCCCUCAGUACCGCAGCUACUUCAUGGAAUGUCUGGUGGAUGCUCGGAUGCUGGAUCACUUAACUAAAAAAGACCUGCGUGGGCAGCUGAAAAUGGUAGACAGCUUUCACAGAAACAGUUUUCAGUGUGGAAUUAUGUGCCUCCGAAGACUGAAUUAUGAUCGAAAAGAGCUAGAAAGAAAAAGAGAAGAAAGCCAGAAUGAAAUUAAGGAUGUCCUUGUGUGGAGCAAUGAGAGGAUGAUCCACUGGGUCAUGUCCAUUGGCCUUAAGGAAUAUGCGAACAACCUGCUCGAGAGCGGAGUUCAUGGUGCACUUGUGGCCUUAGAUGAAUCCUUUGAUUACAAUGCAUUAGCUCUCCUGCUGCAAAUCCCCACUCAAAACACACAGGCUCGUGCUGUUCUGGAGAGGGAAUUCAAUAACCUUCUUGCUAUGGGCACUGACAGAAGACUUGAUGAAGAUGAUGAUAAGAGCUUUAGGAGAGCACCUUCGUGGAGAAAGAAGUUUAGACCAAAGGACAUAAGAGGUUUAGCUGCUGGAUCAGCAGAGACUCUUCCUGCAAAUUUCAGAGUUACAACCUCAAUGUCUUCACCCUCUAUGCAGCCAAAGAAGAUGCAGAUUGAUGGCAGUGUAUCAGGAACACAAAGAUUGGAUUCUGCUACAGUAAGGACCUACUCCUGUUAAAGCCUUCUCCUGUUUACCCACACUAUUUCUACCGGUGAUAUGCAGCAUUUUGAACAUUUGGAACCUUUAACCUGUUAAUACUUGUUAAAUGGACACUUUGAGAUAUUUUAUUACAGAGUUUUUAAUUAGCAAAUAAAUUCAUGAGUACUAUAGAGAAAAUAUUUUAGAAUCUAAAUGUUUCUUAUAUUUAUGUGACUUCUCAUUUAUAUAGUUACUUACUUUUUCUGUUUCUAUUCAGUCUACAAAUCAAAUCAUUGCUGAUUUUUAAUUCUAAUUUUAGUCUUUCCAACUGAAUGUACUGUAAUGCUUGUAUGUAUGUGUCCCUAUGAGCAAUAUAGGGUUUUUGUAAAUGAUGCAGUUACUGUAAUUAUCAUUGUUUUUUAAUAAUGAAACUGAAGGUGAAAAGGAUUUUAAUACCUUUGUAAAAGUAUCAUGACACCAAGCAGUAUAUAUUUUGUCUUUUGGAGCUCUUAGCUUAGAUCUGAAAACAAGUCCAGCUUUUUUUCAGGUGAGCCUUUGUUGAUGUAGGAGGGACGGUACAUGAGUGUUGUUCUUCUCAAAGCUGUACCUUUCCACACAGAGGAUGGAUCAAGUAGUGGCAAUUUGUCUUUAUUUAAAGUAGAAUUGGUUUGAAAAGCUGGGAGGAACUCUUAACCCUGCGGGACAUGCUGUAGGAGUGAUUGCCUCAGUCCUAGCACCCUGUGCUGUGUUUGUGUAGUGACUCUUCACAGUGACUGAAAACAAGCCAUAAACCGAGGACUGUUUUUAUUUUUGCUUUUCCUUCCCUAAGGAAGAUAGACUUCGUAAUGAUUCCUGGUUGUGAGCCACAGGCCACAGAGAGGUUUUUUUUUGUCCUAGACCUUUUUGCUUGAAAACACUUGGUGGAAAGACACUGGUGGAACCAGUUUUAAUGGACCAAUCCUAAAGCACUGCAGCCUCCUGUCAAAUGAGUAGUGAAAGAUGAAGGUACAAUGGGCUGAAAAUGAAAGCAGUGCAUCUUCUAAUAAAGGCCUUACUUUUCUUAUGUAAGUCAUCCUAUGUGUUUUGUAAACUUGUUCUAAAGACUUGUCUGGACUUUAAUUUGGAUGGUUGUAGCCAUUUUGGACUGUAUGAGUAGAAAAUGUAUCUGACACUUGUAAAUGGCAUAUUAAAAAGCCAGCAAGAAUCUGUUCAGAUGGUGCAUUAUUUAUUAUGCAAAAAUAUAUAUAGCAUGUCUUUUUUCUUAUUUUGUUUUCCACUUUUAACUUGCUUGUAAAACUGAAAUUCAUUGUUACUGUUCUGUUUUUCUAUUAAUCUUUUGUGUAUUUUCAGAUUAUGUAACAAUAUGUACAGUCUACUUUUGAACUGUUUUUAUCACAGUAUUAUUUAUUGCUUUCAAUAAAGUACUGAUGCAUUUUCCACUGCCAAUAAAACACUAUGGAAAAGCUAAGAUCUAAUUGUAUGCAGGCAGAAACUUUUGCAGUGAGUGGAUAUUGUCAAUAAAGCAUCUUAAUGAUUGUUUGCUGCCCUGUAGAUCUGGUUUCAAAUGAUGACAUUUCUUCAGCAGCAAAAAUAUUCCAUUAGAUGUGACAUUUUCUUUGGAAUUGUUCAAGUUCACAUGCAUUAAUAUCAGUUUUCUGAGAAAAAACUGCUUUAUUGUCUACUUCUACUCAUAUUUAGAGUUAUGAUUUGCUUUUUAAAAUAAUAAACCAGACCUGUCACACACCUUCAGUGUAUUCUGGUCCACAUGGUGAAGAUGGAAGUACUGUCCUAGACAGCAGCAACAGUUGUUUAGUAAUACAUGAGAUUGUGGCCGUAGUGAUAUUUGGGGAGAAACAUGGGAGUUAAGGGAACCAGUGCAAAAUGGGGCCACAAUAGGGCUGUUCAUGUCAAUUUUAAUAUAUUUGUAAACCAUUUCAAUGAGUAGAAAUCAGAAGGAUAAAGUUGCAGAAUAAUGGAAGCAGUUGUGAAUCAUAUUUCAUCGUGUCCUCAAGAUCAACAGCAGGAUGUGGAAUGCCUGGAGAAACACUGCCAUGGAUGCUCUAAGCCUUGUUCAGUGAUGCAUCUCUGUCUGGCUUGUCUGUACAAGUUGCUGUCUUUUCAUUUGCCGUCUCUUUUAUAUUCUCAGAGAAUAUAUCUUUCUAGGAAAAACUAAAAUGGAACUGCAGAAGGAAAUCCUGACUCACUGCUCAGCUAAACUUUGCUGUUUAGAGAAACCUUGCCUAGGUGUUGCAGGUCACUGAUGUGAUAGUAGGUGUUCAAAGUCAUGUAUUGUUGCUUCUCAAAAGUGAAACCAAUGCGGGAUAGACUUGUAAAAUGUGAACAGAAAAUGCGUUUAUUAUUUUGAGGCUGUAAAACCUUAACUGUUACGGAACAAUGGAACUGACAUGAGAGGUAGAAUAAAUGAGUGAAAUGGUGAAAGCUUUCACAAACUGGCAA